AUGCUAGACCUCUAUGAUCUGGGAAUCUUUGGUGUGGUAGUGAUCGUACUUGCAUUCGCAUCGUACACUCUGCUCCAUAGCCCAAGUCGUGAGCCUCCCUCGGUAUCAAGCAAGAUUCCAUUUUUGGGCCAUCUGAUCGGUCUCAUCCAACAUGGCCCGGUUGAAAGACACCCUCAGCACCCGAUCUUCGCAGUCAACAUACUUUCCUUCAAGCUCUUUGUGACAUCCUCAACUACCGUCGUGCGGGCUGCUCAGAAGCACCCCACCGCCAUUACAUUGGAACCGUUGUUGAAAUUCAUGCAGAAGAGUCUAUGUCAAACUUCACGUGAGAAGCUCGCCACUUUGUGUGAUCAGAACGGUGGCCCAAGUCCUAUUUCCAGAAUUGUACAUGAUAUGACACUCGUUCUUGCUGGGAGAUCUCUUGACAGAAUGAACAAGAUAAUGCUUCGGCAGUUACUUCCCAUGAUUGAUGACAUGGGCAAUCAUGAGACCAUUGAUCUAAACGGAUGGCUUCGGCAUGCAAUUACCAUGGCCAGUACAGAUGCUACGUACGGGAAUUUAAACCCAUUCAAGAAUAAAUACAUCGAAGACACAUUCUGGGAACUGGAAUGCAAUGUGGCAUUACUUCUGGCCAACAUUGUGCCAUGGCUCAUUGCCCCCAAGGCCUGGAAAGCACGCAAGGUUCUGUGCGCUGAAUUCAAACGUUACUUCGAUCUCGGAGGUCAUGAAGACGCCUCGGAGCUACUAGCCAUGCGGUACAGAUCAUUUCUUGGGGCUGGACUUACCCACGAAGAAAUAGCAUAUUCAGAAAUGCCCCUGCUUUUAGGUUUACUGGCAAAUACCGUUCCUGCUGCGUUUUGGGUUCACUUUGAGCUUUUCUCUCGACCAAAGCUGUUGGAAGAGACACGGAAGGAGAUAGAGCAGAAUGCCCUCAAGAUUGCAUCCGACGGUACCCAUAUUAUUGAUAUGGGGUACAUCCGCGAUAAUUGUCCCCUUCUUCUCUCGAUAUACCAAGAGUCUCUACGGACGAGGACAAAAAUGGUAACCAUCCGGUUCGUGACACAGGAUGUCGUUCUGGCGGAUAAAUACUUUCUAGGAUCUGGAGCCAUGCUCUUCAUGCCGGCGAAGCAAUUAGGCCGAGAUAAAAAUGCUUGGGGAGCUUCGGCUGACCAUUUCGAAGCACGAAGAUUUAUGAAAUCUACCGCAACAUUCAAGAAUGAUGGCGACAAGAUAAAGGAUCCACGGCGUAUCGGCGGGUUUAUGACAUUUGGUGUUUCCCCAGCGAUCUGCCCCGGGCGCCACUUUUCUACAAGUGAGAUACUCGCACUGGUAGCCAUGAUUACAUUGCGAUAUGACAUUGCUCCAGUCGAUCACGUCUGGCACGAACCACCAAUGAGCAGCUCGGCAACCAUAUCCAACAUGUGUGAAAUUGGGGGAAGGUUUCCUGUGGCCGUGAAAAAAAGAAAGAGAUACGAAGGGAAGACGUGGGGGUUCAGGAUUACUGAAGGGAGAGGACAGUUUGGGUUGGCUGUGGGUUGA